CACUCGUUAACACUUCGGCUCACACUUCGUUCAUUGUAGCCAGUAGCAGCCAUUUGUAAGAUCCGACAACAAUUCAGCAGGGCACAGGAAGAGCGAAAACACCCACGCCAUGUCUGCCACAACCGCGACCUCAAUGCACGGGAAGGGCGCUCAGCUCCCGCAUGAUGGCCCGCUCUUACACCCACUUAGCGUGAACCCGCACUUGGAGCAGCUUGCGCUCGACUCAUUCGAGGAGAACAUGAUCCCAAAUGCAAUCGGCUUCCUGCGGAGACUCAUGCUCAACUCGGUUCCUCCAACGGUCACUAUGAUUCAAUUCAUAAUUGCUGUUGCCCUGUGCUCACCAAAAGCAGCAGUCAAGCGUACGGAGGAGAAAGCAAGACGACUCCGAACCGAAAAGUACCGUCUUGAACUGUCUGCAAAGCCCACUCCAGAAGACAUUGUCGCGGCCCUCGACUUGCUGCACCGCAUUGGGGACAUGUAUCCUGGGGAGCUGAUAACUGCCUUGCCGCCAUAUUCACCGGGAGGUACAGGCGAUGAUGGCCAAGUGCCUCCCAAUCCAGCUUCUGCGUAUGCUUCUUUCGCUAUCCCGCGGCCCACUUCACGUCUUGAUCCGGAAGCGUCUUUCUCCAGCUCUGAGCUACCCAUCCGGAUGUACGUCUGGGACUACUUGAUGACGUGCAGGGACAUAUGGUCUCUUGCGGACAUCAAGGAGGAGUACUGGGAAAUCAACCCUACCGCAGCGGCGGAGCGCCGCAAGCAUAAGCGAAAGUUAAGACAGCAAAUCCCGCAGAGCGAUCCAUCCAGCUCGAAAUCGAGAGACUUAUCGGGCUUCUGGAAUGUUCUCAGCGUCGUAGCCCCCGUGUGGAAGGCACAGCACGAGUUCAUCCGGCGCAAUCUGCGCGAGCGCGGGCUUGCGUGGCGUCCUCCUCCCGCGGAAGUGUCAAAGCUCUCACUCGUCCAUCAGUGCUUCCACUCGGUAUUGCCUCGUACAAGAGGGUGGUCGGCAGCAACGGACCUCAAGACGAUGCUCGAUACGCUUGCCUCCGGCCUCAAGUCAUCUGAAUUCCAGCGUCCCAUUGCCGGCAAAGCCUUACCAAGUCGAAAGUCGGUUGCCCUAUCCAUUCUUCAGGAAGUUUUCUUCCUCUGUGAGAUUGAUCUGAUCGACUCGUCCGCGAUCUUGCGAUGGCUCGGGCCGCAGUGCGGCGUCGAGGUCGUCCUUGAUGAUGAUGACAAUCCCAUCGCCCUAGGUCCGGAUGAAGGAAAAGUGGAGCCGUCGACUCUCACCUUGGAGAACGUAAAGGAGAUUGAGAAUCUGUUGCGAGGCAUGACGAGUGCAUGGUUUCCGAUGCUGAAAGGCUACCAAAUCUUCGAAAGGUCGCUAUCAGUAGCUCCCAGAGCCAGAUAGUCAAUCUUUCUGACGCUCUUCUCAAGCAUGAAUACCGCUCUCUGCCUGGCCUGCACGAGUUUUUAACUAAACACAAAAGCGCAGCUUUGCAACGAAAGAUCGCACAGCUGCACGCUUUUGGCAGCUUCGGUGUCAAUGAGCCGACAGACACGGAUCCCAAUACUGUGCCCGCGUGGC